GCUGUGUCCGCGCUGCGCAUGCGCGGGGCGGGCAGCAGAGGGUGGGGGGGGGCGGUGUCCCCCAUGUCGGCUCCGUUCGAGGAGCGGAGCGGGGUGGUGCCCUGCGGGACGCCCUGGGGCCGCUGGUACCAGACCCUGGAGGAGGUGUUCAUCGAGGUGCAGGUUCCGCCGGGCACCCGGGCGAAGGAUGUCCGCUGUAACCUGCAGAGUCGGCAGAUCGCGCUCUCCGUGGCGGGCCGGGAGGUGCUUCAGGGUAAACUUUUUGACUCCACAGUAACUGAUGAAGGAACAUGGACCUUAGAAGACAGGAAGCUGAUAAGAAUUGUUCUAAUGAAGACAAAUCGAGAUGCUGGAAAUUGCUGGACAUCUCUGUUAGAAAAUGAAUAUGCUGCUGAUCCUUGGGUACAGGACCAGAUGCAAAGAAAACUUACACUGGAGCGAUUCCAAAGAGAGAACCCUGGAUUUGACUUCAGUGGGGCAGAAAUUUCUGGAAAUUACAGCAAAGGAGGACCAGACUUUUCUAGUCUUGAAAAGUAAACUUUUUUAUCUGUGUUCUUGGAGAGGAAUUUACACAUUGUACUUUAAGACUGAAAUAAUAUAACUGGUGAAGACUUCAGUGAUCUCUUCAGCAGCUUGUAGUCAAGUAAUUACUUUGGUGAAAAUAUGGAAGAUUCCUUCCAGUAGAAUGAAGACUCAAGUGUUAACCAGCUGAUUUAUAAGCUGUCUUAACUUCGUAAUAUUAAGAGACAAAAGUAUAGAGAAAGGUGAAUACAGGAAAGUAACAACUUAAGCAGAAUGUUGGGUUUGGGUUCCUUGGGGUUUUUUUGAUACACCACAGUAAACUACUCAGUUAUGAAUAUACCUGUUGCCUUUAUGCAAGAAUACCUUAUUCACUAUUGAAGAAUAGAUUGUAUAAACAAGAUAUUGAAUAUCUUCUUCUAACUUGCAACAGGAAAGUAUUGGGAUGGCUACAGUUACACUUUUCCUAAGAUACUUAGAUCAGUCUUCUCCACACUUUCACAUCUCACAGGAUUUAGAGUAAUUAAAAAUAAUUUCAGUCAAGCAUCUCAAGUUUUUCCUGUUGAUUCUCUAGCAUUUCCCAUGCAUCAUCAAUCUCUUAAAAAACAAACUUAAAAAUCUUCAUGAUUCCUUACCUCCUGCCUUUAAGUUUUCCAGGUACUGUUCAGACACAAAACACUUUAUAGGCUUCCUUUGUAAGAUGUUUCAUAACGAACAGGAAAAAAGUUACCCAGCAAAGCACAUUUCAAUGUUUAAUUGGAAGAGACAUAUCUUUAUAUUGAGAGAUGACAAUACCA